AUGUGUGAAUGUAUGUGACAGAGUAACAAAAACUCACCUGUAGUUGUGAAAAGCUUACUAGAGUGUUUUUUUUCUUGAGUCAUCCUCUGGCACGUGUGGAUUUAACACCACCACAGCCUGUGCCCUUUUCACCUGUGUUAAUAAAACAGUUAUGGGUGAUUCGACUGGGAGUUACGGUUAAAGUUUGAUGGCCAUUAGAGUUAGACAUUGAGAGGGUUUACAGCGUUGUCUCAGUCAGAUAGAAGAUCUUCAGACUUUGAGGAGGCCUGUGAAGUCUACAGGAAAAUGGUGCAGAAGUCGACAGUUGCGGGUCUUGUUCUGCUGCUGCUGGCUGCCGUCGGGACGUUUCUGGCCGUUUUCUUUUCAGUGCAGGGUAAAAAGGCUUCGUCUGAUCCAGAAUCGGGCUUCUUCAAGGCAGCAGUGGCCACAGAUGCUGGAACAUGUUCAGAGAUCGGCAGGGACGUCUUGAAGAAAGGAGGAUCGGCUGUAGAUUCUGCCAUCGCUGCGCUGCUGUGUGCGGGACUGAUGAAUGCCCACAGCAUGGGCAUCGGAGGAGGCCUUUUCUUCACUAUUUAUGAUGCCAAAACAGGAAAAGCUGAAACCAUCAAUGCUCGUGAGACAGCCCCUGCUAACGCCACCAGAGACAUGUUUGGAAAUAGUACAGAGCUUUCCCAGAAAGGUGGUUUGUCCAUCGCUGUUCCUGGAGAGAUUCGAGGAUAUGAAAUGGCCCAUAGACGGCAUGGCAGACUUCCAUGGAAAGAGCUGUUUUUACCCAGCAUUAAACUGGCCAGAGAUGGUUUCCCUGUCGGCCGCGCACUGGCCAGCGCCAUCAGAUCAAAUCGAAAUAACAUACUGGAGGAUAAGAUGUUAUGCUCUGUGUUCUGCAACUCCACCGGAAACAUCCUCCAGGAAAACGACACCAUCACCUUUACUAAACUGGCCGACACGUAUGAGGCCAUCGCAGAGCAGGGGCCUGAAGCCUUUUACAGCGGAGCCCUUGCAGAGAGCCUUGUCAGGGACAUCCAAGAUGCAGACGGGAUCAUAACUCUGGCGGACUUGAGAGAUUAUAGGGCUUUGCUGGAUGAAUAUCCUCCUACUGCUUCUGUGGGUGAAUUUACUAUGGUGACACCAGACGCUCCGUCCAGCGGUCCAGUGCUUACACUCAUGCUGAAUAUCCUCAGUGGUUAUUCCUUAAGUCCAGACAGUGUCUCCUCCACUGAGAAGAAAAUCCUCACUUAUCAUCGGGUAGUAGAGGCAUUUCGUUUCGCCUAUGCUAAGAGGAGCGUCUUGGGGGAUCCGCAGUUCCUCAACAUCUCUGACUUCAUCCAGAACAUCACCUCCAAAGGCUACGCUGACAUGAUCCGCCUCAAGAUCACAGAUAACAGCACGCAGCAGGAGAGCUACUACGAGCCCGAGUUUUACCUUCCCGAAAACUACGGUACAUCACAUGUGUCGGUGGUGGCGGAGGACGGCAGUGCGGUCGCCGCUACCAGCACCAUCAAUACAUACUUUGGCUCAAAGUUGAUGUCAAAGUCGACAGGUAUUUUACUGAACAACGAGAUGGACGACUUCAGCUCUCCGUUGAUCACCAACAACUUUGGAGUUCCUCCUUCUCCAAACAACUUCAUUGUCCCAAAUAAAAGGCCCAUGUCUUCAAUGUGUCCUGCAAUCCUGCUGGACAAAAACAAUCAGGUUAAGAUGGUGGUGGGAGCAUCUGGAGGGACAAAGAUCACCACAGCAGUGGCUCAGGUGGUAUUAAACACUCUGUUCUUCCAAUACGAUCUGAAGAAAGCAAUAGCAGAAGCAAGAGUUCACAAUCAGCUCAGUCCAAACACCACGCAGGUGGAGCAGAGCUUUGACAAGGCUGUUUUGGAGGGUCUUGCUGAGAAGAAUCAUUUCACAGAAGUCUUCACUUCUAUGGGCGCAGUGGUUCAGGCUGUAGCACGGUACAGUGAGGGUCUCAGCGCUGAGUCAGACCCCCGAAAGGGAGGAUACGCAGCCGGAUACUAACAUCCAGAUGUCCAGUUCAGCCGGAGGCAAUGAAGACUCUGCUUUUAGACCCGGAGGAUGCUUUUUUUUUUGACUCCCAUGCUGCUCUCAAACAACCAAGUGCCUCUAUCAGAGAUCCGACAGGCCAGUAUGCAUAAACUCUUGUGGUCUUAAGCUCUGCACACUCCACCUUUAGUGAAUCUUCAGGGAAAACUUGAUUUUGAAUUAGUGUUGUGCAAUAUUUAUUGUCUAGAAUGCACGACCGAAUUUUGUUUGAAUGUUUUAAUUAUGUGCGAUCUGACUCUCACACUGUGAAAAAAGUCCUUAAAUAAGCAGUUUUCUUUAUUGUGU